AUGGCUCACAAGAGUACUCUCAAGAGGAAGAGUUACGCUGACUUCGGGAACACAUCCGAAGAUGGCGUGAAGAUUAAGACCGAAGACAACACCGCUUUUGCCGCACAUAAGGCGUCGCCGAAGAAGAAGAAAUACGCCAACUCUGGGAACUCAUCUGCAGAUGGAGUGAAGGUUAAGACCGAAGACAAUACCACUUUCGAUGCGUACAAGUCUUCGCCGAAGAAGAAGAAUUAUUUCGGACAGACAUCGAAACGGAUUGACGACAACGACAAUGACGUGAAACCGGUUCCCAAAGACAAUAAUAUCGGACGACUGCUGAUGAGUAAAAUGGGUUACAGAGAGGGACAGGGAUUGGGAAAAGACAGUCAGGGAAACGUGGAUGUGAUCGCAGACCUUAGCGGCGAAGAGUUACGAAGAGCUCGUUCCACAUCUAAUCCAUUCGAGACCAUUGAAAAGGGAAUGUUUCAGAACAGGGCUGCCAUGAAGAUGGCUAAUAUGGACGCUGUGUUCGGCUUUAUGUUCACCGAACCGACGGACGAGUCGAGCAAACCGCUGGUCAAACAGAACGAGUUGUUGUAUUUCGCGGACAUCUGUUCGGGUCCGGGAGGCUUCUCGGAGUACGUCCUCUGGCGUAAGGGCUGGACUGCGAAGGGCUUCGGUCUGACACUCAAAGGCGCCAAUGAUUUCAAAUUAGACGAGUUUUUCGCCGGUUCUGCCGAAACGUUUGAACCGCAUUACGGAGACAAAGGCCUCAAUGGAAACGGAGAUAUCUAUGAACCGCAAAAUCUGAUUGCAUUCCGCGAUUUCGUGCUCAACAACUCCGACAAAGGCGUGCACUUUGUUAUGGCCGACGGGGGCUUCUCUGUGGAGGGCGACGAGAAUAACCAGGAGAUCCUCUCCAAGAGGUUAUAUUUGUGUCAAUUCCUCUGCUCUUUAGCCCUCUUGAAAACAAACGGCAGUUUUGUUUGCAAAUUGUUUGAUAUCUUUACGCCAUUCUCUGUGGGCUUAAUAUAUCUGAUGUAUAGAGUGUUCAAAAAGGUGUGCAUUCAUAAGCCCAACAGCAGUCGUCCCGCAAAUUCUGAACGUUAUAUCAUCUGUAAGUGGAAAAAGUGCGGCACAGAAGCCAUCGAACAUUACUUAUUCAAACUCAACUGUCAUUUGGAUUAUCUUUCCAAAGAGAAUACCGGCGAAGACAUCAUAGAAGUGGUUCCGUCGGAUGUGUUGAUGGCUGACGAGAAAUUCUGUCAAUACAUGACAGAGUCAAACAACUAUAUAGGAAAGCGUCAAAUAGUGUUCCUCUCCAAAGUGAAAGCGUUUGCAGAGAAUCCACAGUUAGAUCUCAAUCAACCGGAGCUCAGGAAAGAGUGUCUCAAAUACUGGAAAGUCGAUGUGAAGACAAGAGUCGCUCCCUUUAGAGGCGAGGCAUCGCAUCGCUUCCAAGAACUCAUUUCAAAGCCAAAUGAAACGAAAGACUAUUUCGCGUAUAAACCAAAACUCUUAGAAGAAGACAACGUCCAAGAAUUGGAUCACAUUCUGGGCUUUAAAUGCAUGAUUUUAGGCGCAGACAACGACUGCAACAGCAGUGGCGCCAACUCUUUCACGAGUGUUCGCGGAUUCUUCAUGGGUUUGGGCCGAACACACAUUUACUACUGGGACGGCUCGUCGUCCUCCAAAUGGAUCAAAUUUGAGGCCAAGUUUGAACUCUCGCCGUCGACUCUACUCUACGGAGAAUACGUUCAAGAAUUGAAAGGCGAGGGAAAGGCUCAGCGAAGGAUCGCUGCCUUCCAUAUAAUCGAUCCGCUAUUCAUCGGCGGAACUGAUGUGCGGAACAAGUGCUUCGAAGAGCGCGUAUCGUUGGCCACAAAGUUUGCCAAAGCGGUGAAUAAGAGUAGUCAACCGGAAUACGCGGCCGUUCGCAUGAAACGGGUGUACGAUUUGCAGCGCAUUCACCAAAUAUUCCUUCACAUGGAUAUGAAAGAGUGCAAAAGUGGUGCCCAAAAGGUUCGGCUCUGCUAUGAGCUCAAUAGUGACGAACGCUUUAUAAUACCGUUCGGUCUGUUAAUCGUGAAUACAGUGAAACAGCCGUGGAUUGUGAGGUGGAGUCGAAGUCAAGGCAAACCCUAUUAUUUCAACCUCAAGACCGGUUCCUCUUUAUUUGACUUUCCGGCCGACAGUUUAGCAGAUUUUCGGUACACUUUCUCGAACCGAAUGCUCUGGAAAUGGGAAUCAGACAAGUAUUUGAUGGAAGAAGAGGUCGAUUCCGACAACAAAUUAAGUCGACAUCUAAUCGAGAGUUUUGUCAACAAAAGAAAGCCAUAG